CUCUGUUUGAUUUUAAAGAAAAUACCCCCUGGCUCCAUCUGCUCUGAUGUGUGUGUCUGAUACACAGACAGGCAUUGCUGUCAGUGAAUUGGUUAAUGCCAGUGUCCUGUGGCAGGGAUGAAGGCAAGCACUCAGCCUGCCAGCAUUUAUACCUCCUGGCGUCAGCAUUGGCAAUGCUUGUGGAGGACUGGGAGGGCACCGAAAUAGUUUCCAUUCUCCUCUCUGCUGUGGGAACGAGUCUCCUGGGUAACAAAUGCUCCUUGUUCUGCACAGAGCUCCACAGCUGAAACUCUCCAUCUCUUUCCUUGCUGUUGCUCCCUGACUGUCCCAGCUGAAGGGGCCGGAGAUGUCUGCCUGAGCCUGCCUUAAUUAACACUGACAGUACAAUGGGACUGGCCAUACGGGGGUCCUGGGGCUGCACGCUAAUGGGAGCAUAGUAAAUAGUCUCAUUUACAGCAGCUUGGUUGGAGCAGAGCCUGCCAGGACUGGCUUUCUGCUUGCUGCAAUGGCCAGGCAUGGAGAUGGGUUCCUCACUCCUGCAUCCUCCUGGGGCCUUGUCCCUGCCUCUUGAACAGGACCAGCUGGUGGAGUGGGUCCCAAGCAUCCCAGGAAAGUCAGGCAGUGGGCUGGGGAGCAGAAGGUGUUGCUGAUAGGACCAAUACAUUGACUUCUUGGGAAGGACCUGGCCUGUGGAGCCUGACCUCAGGGACUGGUGGAGGGAUCAUUCACUGGUUUGGAGCAUCCUGGUGAGAGAGCACAGAGGCUUCUGGAAUCUGAGCGCUCAGGAGUGCCGGAGCAGAGUGUGUUCACUGACGGGAGACGGGGGACGAAGGAUCUGUGGUAAGGUAUCUGAAUUCCUUCAUGAGAAGUGUCCUCCCUGCCUCUCAUGUGCAGCCCUAUCUGUUCAUGGGUGGUACCAGCUUCACUGAUGCCCUGAAGAGUAUUCCUCAUCAUGGAUAGUCCACCCAAACUGACUGGCGAGACGCUGAUUGUCCAUCACAUUCCCCUGGUGCAUUGCCAGGUCCCCGAUAGACAGUGCUGCUCCGUGAGCAAAAGGACCAACCCCUUCUGCCAGCCAGAGCUCAGCAUUACACGGACCUCUGCCCUUCCAGACAGAGACCUCUCACAGACUGACUCCUUGGUGUACAGCAGCUUUCUCCAGACCUCUGAAACCUCAGCAGAGGGCUCAGAUCACAAAGAAAGAAAAGCAAGGGAUCUGAUUGUCCCUAGUGUCAGUAAGCGACACAACCCUUUCCUGCUGAGUGAGGGUGAAGACCUCAGUAUUUUUGGGGAUGACUUGGGUCAAAAAUCUUUUCACCUUCACAACUCACUCGUUGAUGGCAAGCCUCCCUUCAAUCUGCAGGAUCUGGCCUUGCCCCCUUUCCACCUCCACGACUCCAACCACAUUGUGAAAUCCUGGAACAUGGCCAGCCGGUCUGGUGUGGUGGAUGGGCAAGAGGACAAACUCAGCAGUGACGACAUCCAGAAGAGGAACAAUGCAAACAGGUGCCAUCAGGCCUCAGAACGCAUGGAGCUGGAUGAAUGCAGCUGCCAUCGUGGCAGCUCCUCCAACUUCUCCUUCGACAGUGGUGACCAGGAGUGGAACCAGAACACGGGUGAACCGCUGAGGAAUCAGGAUGCCCUGCACAGGACAUGCAGUUGUUCCAGCUCAGAGAUCCAGCACUGUCGCUGCUACAGUUCAUCAAGUCAGUCUGAAGUUAUUGACCAACAGAUGGGCUACAUCAGUGACUCUUCUUGCAACAGUUCUGAUGGGGUCCUGGUGAACUUCAGUGCUCUCUACAACAAAAUGAAUGGUCAGCCUCAAUCCAACCUGAAUUCAGCUAACCUGUCCUGUGACUCUUCCUUCUGCAGCCACUCAGAUACAGGAGCUUUUUACCUGGAUUUACACUCAUCACCCACUGAAUCCAAGAUGUCUUGCGAGUCGCAUAACCCAGAAAGUUCGGGGAAGGUAUGUGGGUGUCAACACUCCUCCUCACCUGUCCUUGAUGCUAACUGCAAUUCCUACCACCUCCACUGUGAGCCUUGCACAUCGGAGAGCUCAGACCUCACUGCCUGCUUCCAGAGCCAAGCACGGCUUGUUGUGGCUACUCAGAAUUACUAUAAGUUAGUCACAUGUGACUUGUCUUCCCAGUCAUCCCCCAGCCCUGCGGGAUCUUCCAUAACUAGCUGCUCAGAAGACCAGACCAAGGGUAGCCCAGCCCAGCCCACAGAAUACUAUCUGUUCAGAAGGCCAGACCUGAGACAAGAAGGCAAUGUAGAGUGCAGUGAAGAGGAGCCAAAGAGAGAAUCCAGCCAGAACAUGAUUGAGGGUCAGGUCUAUGUCAAUGUGUCACCACCGAACCUCAACACAAGCCGGCAGCGCUCCAGGAGCUACGAUCAGAACCUGGACAGGAGUCCUAGCAGCAGGCUGGGCUCCUUGGAGCGCAUGGUGAGCUGCCCAGUCAAGCUGAGUGAAAGUCCAGCAAUACCCAUUCAGAGCUCUCCCCCCAAGAGGGUGACAUCGUUCGCUGAACUGGCUAAAGGACGGAAAAAGAAUGGCACCUCCCCACCACACCGCUCCAGUGGUGAUUCUUCCCUGGAGUUCUCUCCUAUCCCUGAGACCCAGCGGGAUUGCCCAACCUUCCUUGAAGAAAGAGCUCGGCGCAGCCAGAGUCUUCCACCCAUGCCCUUCAUCCAUGGCCUAAACCGGAGCUGUGAGGGCUUCUGUUUGAAUCAUGCUUUUGGGGACAGCCAGGCUUUUUGUUCCACCAAAGACUCCAUCUCCAGUGAGAAGGCCCCCAGUGGGCACGGGGCAGGUGAGCAAGCCUCUCUCUCCCUGCUGAAGGAGGCAGAUGCCAGCUUCUCGGGUGGCUCUGCCAGUGGCCACGGACAAAAAGAUGUUAGAGCCCGAGCAGACGGUGGUGGCACAGAUAGCAAGCCAGUGGUACGCUACAGCAAGGACCAGCGUCCCACAACUCUGCCCAUCCAGCCCUUUGUUUUUCAGCACCAUUUCAGCAAGCCACCCAAGGCACGUGCCCUGCACAGCCAUUUUGCCUCCAGCCUUUCCCAGCUCUACAGCUUGUCCAGCAACCGGCCUGCCAGCCAGCAGAUCUCCACUUCCCAGUCCUCAGCCUUGGCCACCUCGGCAGAGCAGGCAGUGGUGGCAGGGAGCCAAGCCCAUGGCACGCUCGUGACCCAGCAGCGCUCAGCAGACGGAGCUGCCUCGCGCGGUGAUGGGGGCAUCAAGAAGCCUGGCCCCGAAACAACCCGUCCAUCCCCGCUGGGCAGCUACUCCCCCGUGCGAUGCAACGUGCCUUUCUUCCAAAGCGUGGACUCCUCUUCCUCGCCCACCUCUGAGAGAGCUGAAGACAGCCAGCCCCCCAGAAGCAGGUCCUGCCCCAUCUCUGCUAACCUGCUUCCCACGAGGUCGUCUCCUGCUGUCAGUGCCAUGCAGCCCUCCAAAGCCACCAAAGCUGACACCCUGAGGCAAAAGGAGAACCCCAAGCUGAUUCCCAAGAAGAAGGCCCCGCUUGAGCCAAGCCCACCACUCUCUGAAUACCGACUCCACAGUGGGUCCCUCCCACCCCUCUCGGUGGGUGGCAUGUCCAUGAGCAGAGUAGGAGGCCAUGCAGACUCACACUGGAGAAGUGGCAGUGAGACCAGCAGCUCUGGUCCCCUGAGCAGCAUGGGAAUACGGCCUGUCAAUGCGAACCACCUCUCCCCCCAAGCGCUGAAGUGGCGGGAGUACAGGCGGAGGAACCCCCUGGGUCUGGACCGCGUUUCAGGGCUGCCCAGCUUAGCGGGCAGCCUGGACAGGAGGCAGCAAGAGCCUCGGCUGAACCGGGGCAACCCCAUCUUUGAGCUCCCUGGCGCUCUCAGCACCAGCCAUUUCUACUGCAAGCUGAACGGGCAGUCUAUGAGGCAACUCCAGCUUACCUACAAUGACUUCUUCCCUGACUACUUCUCGCUAGCAGAGAAACCUCCUGCUGAGUUCUGCCUCUCCCCAGAUGGCAACACAGAGUCCAUCUCCAUUGACUUGCUGCAGAAGAAGGGUCUUGUGAAGGCUAUCAACACUGCUGUUGACCUGAUUGUGGCUCACUUUGGAACCAGCAGGGAUCCAGGGGUGAAGGCCAAACUUGGGAACAGCUCCGUGAGCCCCAAUGUGGGGCAUCUCAUCCUGAAAUACCUGUGCCCAGCUGUCCGGGACAUCCUGAGUGAUGGGCUUAAGGCUUACGUCCUGGACAUGAUCAUUGGCCAGAGGAGGAACAUCCCCUGGAGCGUGGUGGAGGCAUCCACCCAGCUUGGGCCUUCUACAAAGUUGUUGCACAGCCUCUACAGCAAGAUCAGCCAGUACACAGAGCUCACCAACCACACCAUGAGGUUCAACGCGUUCAUCUUUGGCCUCCUCAAUAUCCGGUCCUUGGAGUUCUGGUUCAACCACCUUUACAACCAUGAAGACAUCAUCCUGGCACACUAUCAACCAGUGGGCUUCUUGUGCCUGUCUCACAGUGUGUGCCAACCUCUUUUUGAGGAGCUCCUGCUCCUACUCCAGCCUCUCUCCCUGCUGCCCUUCAACCUAGACCUCCUCUUCGAGCACCACCUGAUGCAGAUGGGCAAAGAGCAGCAGCAGCAAAAGGAGCUGCUGCGUGUGAAGCAGGACCUGCUGCUUUCCGUGCACUCCACCCUGCAGCUGAUGCGGACCCGGGGCAGCAGUGAGGAUCCUGAUGGCUGCAGCACCGCCCCUGAAACAUGCCAAGGGGGUGCCCAAGAUGGUGACAUCUCACCAGAGCACAGCCCACAGCAAGCUGUAAGUGAGAAGAGGGUCAAGGGAGUGGGGGCCUCCUGCGGAGAAGGUGACAGGGAGGAAGAGCAGAGCAAGAUGCGAGAGAGCAUGUGGGAGGGGAAGAAGGACAAGCAGGCAGGCUGGUGGUACCAGCUCAUGCAGACCUCUCAGAUUUAUAUUGAGAGCUCAGCUGAAGGCUCAAAGUUCAUCCGCUCUGAGAAGAAGAAAGCGGCUUUGAAUCCUGCACCCGGAUCAGUCGAGACCCACAAAGCACCACCUCCCCGAGAAGGAGUGGUGGAGGGUGCAGAGGCUUGUCCCAUUGCUGAGGGCACCUUGGAGGAGAGGCCCAAGGCAGCCAGCAAGCCAAGUCCUGAAGCCGUGGAAGAGCCCUUGGAAAAGCCCCAGCAGGUAGUGGUCAGUGAAGAGGUGAAGGAACGGAGCUGGCCGUUCUGGAUGGGCAGCCCCCCAGACUCUGUGCUAACAGAGCUAAAGCGCAGCAAAGAGAAGGAGGCUCAGCAAAGAGUAAGAGCAGCAGCAGCCCCCCAAGAGGACAGCAGCACCAGUGCAUCAGAGGCCAGCCAGCCCAUCAAGUGGGGACACUUGUUUGGGUCCAGGAAGGUACAAAAAGAGCCCAGACAACCAAACAGGUUGCCCUCUGGCUGGCUGAGCUUGGACAAGUCUGUCUUCCAGCUGGUGGCCCAGACAGUUGGGGCUAGCAUGUGGCGUGAAGCAGCCCCCGAGCCAGACCCUCCGCAUCCAGAACCACCUGAGGCACCUGCUGUGGCACAACCAGUCCGGGGGAUGUCUCCUCACCCUGCCUGCAGUGAGGUGAAAGCUCUUUGCCAUCACAUUGCCACUGAGGCGGGACAACUGAGCUUCAACAAAGGGGAUAUUCUGCAGGUCAUCUCCAAGGUGGAUGGUGACUGGCUGCAGUGCAGCCUUGGCUCCGAGAAGGGACUGGUGCCCAUCAUGUACGUCACCCACCCUGAGGACGAGGACUAUUGACACGUUUAGGAGGCCAAGCACAGUUUCCUGGGCUGCUGAGGCUCCUCUUGGGUAGUCUGCCCUGCCAGAGGAACAAACACAGCUUCUUGCUAGUUUCUUACCUUUCCUGCCAUUACAGAAUACAGUAACCAUAGGUGGUUCCUUCUUGCUCCUCCUUGUGCAGCUGCCAAAGGCCAACUUAGCCUCCCGGGGUCUUCUGUGCGCUGCACCUCGUAUUGCCAGGCAUCGCCAUGCAUGCAGCCACACCAGGGACCGCCUGACUCCCCCCUCCGCCCCUCACUGUCUGCAGCACCCGCAGGCCAUGGACUUGUACAUUACAGGAACCCAGGCAGUCCCUGCCAGGGCAGUGCUGCCCCACUGUUGGAUGCUGGAGAUGCAGGAUGCUGGCCGUCCCCUGCCUGGGGGUGGCAGUGCAGUCUGCAGCAUCCAUCAUCCCGGUAUCCUCAGCUGAGGGGGUGGGAGCACCCUGCAUUGGCAGGGUCCCUGCGAGGCUGGGCUGAUGGUUUGUGUUUAUUGGGGCACUGCAAAGUAGGCUCCCUCACACUGGAGCAUCCCUGUCCUAGUGUGCUGUAGUGGUUCCUGGUGGAUUGUACCGGCAGUGCCACACUGCAGUGCUGGGGCUGUGCAUGGCCACAGCCAGGGGAGGGGGACGGGGUACGUGUGUGAGUGUGGAGCAAAGGGGUGUGAGGGGUUGUGAGGAAGGCACGGGGUUGUUCAGUGUUAUGUAGGUCCAGGAUGGGUAGUGCCACCCUAUGCAGAGAUGGGUGCUUUGGGGGGAGGCCGUGUGCCCUCCACAUUGAGCAGGGAACCGGUGCCUGGGAAGCCCUGGGAUGCUCAGUGGAGGGCGCUGGAGGGGAGGGAAUGAGGGCAGGGUCCCUGACUGGGCUAGGGAUUUGGGGGCAGUGCUCUCAGCAAGUAGAUUGGGGUUGCUCCUAGAGGGAGCUGGGGAGCCUGGGGAGGGAGGGGUGGUGCUCCCUUUGGCACAGGGUUUCUGGUCUUGCUGAGCAGUGCCGUGGGGUGGGGGGGAUAAGUGUUGUGCACAAACACAAGGGGAUACUGGAGGUCCUGGGGUCCUUGGUAGAGGCAAUGCCAGUCAACCCCUUCCUUGCCAUGUUCAUGCCGCCUGCUGUAGUGGGGAUCUUCACCUGCCUGUCAGGUGGGGAACAGUGUUAAUGAAAGGCCAUGCCAGUAUUUGGUGCCAUGGCCGGCUUGACGCUGUUCACAGCAUCGUGCCUGGGCUGGCUUCACCAUGGCAAGGGGCCCUGGUCUUGCUAGGUUACCUCCUGCUUGUACAUCGCUUAGCAGAUGUUGCACCAUAUCUAAUUUGUAUCUCCCUGUUAGAAUGAGGUGUCUCGCCUUUAUUUAUUUCUUUAUUUAUGAUGCAUAUUAAUAAAAAAGGUGCUGAUUGA